AUGGAGAAAAGCGGUCGGAGGAGACAGGAAGAUCUUCUGUACUCGAAGAAGAAGAAGCUGAAGCAAGCUCCGCCCCCGCCAUCCUCAAAAUCCCAUCCCCAAAAUCCCAGCGGGACGCGCGGGGAGCGUGAGAUCGCUUCCGAAGGGCAGGAAGAAUGUGGGGGCUCCGGCAAGAGGAAGCAGGGUAAAUGGGACGCCGCUCACUUUGAUGAGAAAUGCGGGGCCAACGAUGAUGCUCCUGCGACAAAGAGGAGAAAGACGAUAUGGACGGAGGACGAAUCUCGGUUUAAGUUGCUGGGGCCGGUACAACUUCCUGAUCUGCUCGAGGGCUCGGGAGCUGCGUCCGACAAUGAUCCAGAGUUCCAGCAGCUGAAUCAGAGACUCAUGGAUAUUAACAGAAGGUUGCGGUCGCGGUCGCGGUCUCAAGAUUUCGUCCACAGGCGCCAGGAAGAAGAAAGUCCUCCUCCUGGGCCUACAAACUCCAGGGAGCGUCGGAUUCGUGCAAGGCUUAUCGAGCAGAAGCAAGAGAUCAUGGAAGAAUUGAUCGGUAGGAACCCUACGUUCGAUCACCCGUCCGACUGCAAGCCGCGCAAGAAGCUCUUCAAGAAGCUCUACCUCCCGGCGAAGAAGUACCCCUAUUACAACUUCGUCGGCCUCAUAAUCGGGCCACGCGGGAGGACGCAGAAGAGGAUGGAGAGGGAGACCGGGGCCAGAAUCCAACUACGAGGCAGAGGCUGCCAGCGGAAGGACACGAGGCCGGAUCCCUCCGGGGGGGAAGACCCGCAUGUGCUCGUCGAGGCGGACAGCCAGAGAUCACUGGACGCCGCUGCGGCGCUGGUGGAGAGGCUGCUGCUCCCGGUGGCGGAGGGGAAGAACAGCCUCAAGCGCUCCCAGCUGAGGGAGCUCGCCGAGCUGAAAAAGAGGCCGAGAGGCGAUGGCGCCCAUCGCGCCCCGCCCUCUCUGUCGGAAAGCAAGGCGGACGAGGUCACCGGCCGCCGCGACAGGUGCGGCGGCGGUGGCCCUGGGAGAGGACUCUCUCCAGAAGCCACGAGCACCGAGCCGCCUCCCUGCGGUGGUGAUGAUGAUUUCUUCAGGAAGGUGGAGCGUGGAGAUGUACGCGUGGAUCGCCUGCCCCAAUCUGUGGAUGUGGGGAGGCUGGUGCCGUUCUCUCCUUUGGGUUCCCUGACCUACACCCAGCUGGUCAGGGAAGAUGGCGCGGGAGCAGGCAGAGGCUGCUGCGGCUUCGUGAGCUACAACGACCCUGCCAGCGCCGCCGAGGCGGUGAGGCAGAUGAACGGGUACAGGACGGACGAGAAGAGGCUGCUCGUCGGGGAGGCCAGCGACGUCCGGCGGGUGGCGCCCCCGGUCAUCGGCUUCCUGCCUGCGUGUCCGGAUUCCGCGCUGACCUCCUGGCCCGGCGUGGCAGGAGCGAGCAGCCACAUGGUCUUCGAGUCCGCAGCUCCGAGAGGAGCGUCGCCGUCCGCUUCAGUUGUCGCCCUUCCAGAGCACCUCCUCCUGGGCCUCGCCGCUGCUUCGGGGGUCUCUCUGUUUUCAUGA